GAGUACAGUAUGGUACAGUAGGUGUUGGAGCAACGAAAAUUUUCGGUAUCUUGGCUACUUGCACCGCUUCAUGAUCUACUUGAGCGUGGCGGAGUCGGAUGCGUUCUCCGAGACUUUUGCCAAGCUCAAGGCGGCGCUCAGCAGCUCGUCCUCUGAGAAGGUACCGCCGCCAGCGCCGUCUGUAGGUUGCAUGGUCAUGGAGCUUCGGAAGCAUCCCGCGGUCCAUCGCGCCGUGGAAAGUGAAAUCAAACGAGAAGGUGUCGCGGUGGUUGGUCAACUGCGACGGGAACAUCAGCGACGGCGGGCCUUGGCAGAAGAGCGUCUUGCGUACAUUCGAAUGCGGCGGGAACACGUGCAUCUUCAUGCAGAGGAAAUCCAACUCACGGUCGACGAGGACGUACGGGCUAUGGACCACCACGUGGCUACCGUCCAAGCUAUGGCAACCCGACGGCUGCAAGUGCUCCUCUUUGAAUGCUUGGGCGAGAUCCAAAAGGCGAUAGCACGGGCCCAGCAGCGCGUUGAGACGCAGGAAUCCAGUGUCGACUCGAUGGUGGCUACGUGUGAGCUGAACUAUGCGUGGGCCAUCUUUGCCAAACGGUGCGAAGAGCACUUCAGUGUUGCGUCGCUGGUGGACAUUCCUCCCAAAAUGCUCACUCCAAGCGCUACUUAUGUCGAGAACCCGUCGUUUGUGGCCUGGACGACCGCCCUGGCUCCGUACUUAUCAGCACAGCUGGAUCUGCCACUGGCUAGCGCUACACUGGCAUCGCCCGAGCUAACCAUCACUCGCAUAUUAGCAGUGAACCAGAGAAUUGGCACUGCUACUACUACUAGUCCAUCCAAGUUUCCCGUUUCUUCGAACAGCAAAACGCGGCUCGUGGUCCCCCGACACAUCGGGGGCGUUGACGACACAUGCAUGGCGAGCCAGUUUCAAUCGCUGCAUCGAUUGGUUGGGGAGUGGAGCGCAUUGCACAGACCGAGUGCUUUCAAGCGACCCAAGAGCAAGGUCAAAGUACCGCCGCCGACACCUCAUCCGCUGUUUCCGGACGGAUUCACGUGCACCACGCCAUUGAGUUCGUCCACGAUUCGAUGGCUCCCCCUAGUGCCUCACGGACCGCUCCAAGCACCUACAAACGGGUGCAUUUACUAUUGCCUCGACGAUUUCCAACACACAUGUCCGCCGCAUACUACUGUUUUGUCAUCUGAACCACAGCCACUGUCGUCCCUUGUCCGGAUUGCCUCGCCAAACCUCCAGCAACAUGCCGCCGUGGCCCAAACCACCGCCCUCGCCGCACGCUACCCAGCAAACUCACCAGCGAAGGAACCCCUACGGGAUUUUGCAGGACCGUUUCGAAUCACCCACGUCACUUCACACGACCACGUGGUGCGAGCUGUCCGUUGCACCAGCCCGCCGUCGUCGGCUUUGAAUCGUGGGGACGACGAGAGUGUUGGUCCCUCUCCCGAACGAACGAGUAUGCACUUUGCCCCAGCAAACGUAUCGCAUCUGAUUCAAACGGCCACGUACAUCGACAUGCGGGGGACCCUCGCCCCCGACUUGCAAACAAACCUGCGCCUGCGGUACCCCCCGGAAACGUUUGGGUCGCAUGUGCUGUCGCACUUGUAUAUGGCGGUGCCACACGACACCCGAGCUAGUAGUACUACUAGUAGUUCGAACCCCCUCUUGGAAAGCAUCCUUCGCCCCAUAUCGUCGGACGCAGUACGCGCGUUGAUCGCGACGUAUGUCAUCCGCGACCCUAGCGUGAUGAUGGCUCAAGGGAGCUUGUAUGCACUCUAUCGACCGAGCUUUGGGUUUCAAGGCACGGCGUAUUGUAUCGUGGACACCCCUGGCUUGCUGCUGCAGUCACACACACCCAGUGCAAGUGCAGACGCCCCGUCCGCGUUGGUCGUUCAGUACACUACCACCGGAACGAACGCUGGUCAAUGUGCCAUCUCCACUGGAGUCACGAAGGGUGACUUGCCAUCCUUGGCUGCAUCGUCGUCCAUAUUGGGCUCGUUUUGCAGUUGGCGAUCGUGCCUGGACGAAGCAGCAGCCCAAGGUACCACGAGUCAUCUGUGUGCAGCCCACCACCGCCUUGAACCAUUCUUGACACCCGAAGAGCGCGUGCAGGUCCUGGGUGGCCACUCCACGCACCGCGGAAGGUGUGACGACGUGAUGGCCCCCGCCAUGGAGAUACGUCAGAUCAAACACUCGAGCUCUCUAUUAGAGGAGCUCUUAAACCAGCAACUUCGAACGACGUUGGUCUCGUUUCUACAAAAGAUGGCCACUGAAGGGUCGAACCGUGCUCUGCUUGCCCAUUUCUCGGCGUGGAACCCCGACACUUGUUCAUCGUUGAAUGCGUCCCAAGAUGAUGAUGCCAUGCCCUUGGAAAUUAUUGCAGAAAAGGAUAUGUUAGAAGCAAUUUGGCAAGUGGAGCGAGCAGCGACGGACGAAGUCAAGACGCUCGUGGCGUUGGGGGUGUACCCCACGGCAGAGCUCGGCCUGCUUCGCCAAAAGCAAGACCCCACCCACACGGCAUUGCAGGCCAGUAAACGAAAGCUCAAGUUGUUUCGCGCUCGUCGACAAGAGGAAGACGACAGACUAAUUAAAGUAAAAGACAAGCGACCGCCGCUUCUCUCGACUUCCAAGUCGUGCCCGAUCGUGUCCAAGGCAAGAAAGCGUCGUGAUGGCUUCAAAAUGUAAUUUAACAACGACUAACUACGAGAAUCAUGGAAUGAACAUAAACAA